AUGUACUUUGAUCCGAUCUCCACACAUUUCGAACUGUGCCCAACGAAAGCCAUGUUUGAAAGCGACAAGUUCUGCUGUGAGUCUUCCCAGAGUGAGCUGAUGUCCGAGGCGAAGUCCCCCGGCUCUGGCCCAACCAGUCCUAUCUCGGUCAACUCUGACUCCAGCUGCGCCAGUCCUGAGCCGAAAUCAUCCGCAGAGACGCGGGUCAGAAGGCCGCUGAACGCCUUCAUUAUCUGGACCAAGGAGGAACGCAGACGCUUGGCCCAACUCAACCCUGACCUGGAGAAUACCGACCUCAGCAAAAUUCUCGGUAAGACCUGGAAGGCCAUGUCUCUGGCAGAGAAGCGGCCUUACAUGCAGGAGGCAGAGCGCCUGAGAGUACAGCACACCAUUGACCAUCCCAACUACAAGUACCGGCCUCGCAGGAAGAAGCAGCUGAAGAAGGGCCCCAAAGGGCCCCUGCCUGUGGAGGCCACUGUCCCUCUCUCCACCCUCUGCAGUAAAGACUUUACCACGCCUUAUGACCUCAACUACCUCAUCCAGAACCAGUCCCAUCAGCGGCAAGCCUACCCACAUCCAGCCACCUACCCAUCCUCCCAGGCAUACUUUUCCCAUCUUCCCAGGGAGACCUUCCCAGACAGGUUAAUUUACACAAAUCCAGCAGCCACAUUCUCUAACAAGCCUCUAAUGUACUCUAACACUGAGGCAUACCCAGCAGAGCCUCAUCCGUACUACUCUACCCAGCAUGGGCUGCAGCAGUGUGGGCCCCCCAACCCAGCCUGUGCUAUGUCUCACAGGGAGCCAGGGGACUUCAGGGCCUCGGGCCCCCAGCUGUGCCCCCCUACUGGCCCCUCUCUGGAGUUCUACCUGGAGCAGGUUCAGCUGGACAUGCUCUAUGAUCUGGACCCCAGUGAGUUUGAACAGUACUUUGGCCCGUCCACAUGCCAGCCAGAGCCCCUGGAGUAG